AUGCCUAAUGUUAUUCGAGACAUUCGUACCGUGGAUACGGAGUCUUUCCCCUACAUUUUUGAACGGGACGUCUCAAUUCAGCUCAAAAGCAACGACCAGACUGUCGCGAGAGCCAAUGUGUACCGCCCCCGGAAUAUCGAACGCGCUCCUGUCUUGGUCACCUACGGUCCGUAUGGCAAGGAUAUUCCCUAUGAAGACUUCUUGAAGCAUUCAUUCGACGAGAUUAACCCGAAACACAAAUCUGCUCACUCUUCAUUUGAGACUCCCGAUCCUGGCUUCUGGACCAACGAAGGAUAUGCUGUCCUUCGGGUCGACGAGGUAGGCUUGGGCCAGUCGCCAGGCCUCUUAGACACUAUGUCGCAAAACACCACGGAUGCCUUUUAUGAAGUUAUUGAGUGGGCAGCGGAACAACCCUGGUCUAAUGGCAAGGUUGGCCUGAUAGGUAUCAGCUAUUUUGCCGGAACCCAAUGGCGCGUUGCUUCUCGCCGACCCAGAGGCCUAGCUUGUAUUGUCCCAUAUGAGGGCAUGGCUGAUUACUACCGCGACCGUAGUCGUCAGGGUGGAAUCGCGGCCAUGCGGUUCCUCGAAUUCUGGUUCAACAGACAGUGUAAGAGUAACCAAUAUGGCUUGCCCGGAAAGGCCAGUAGGAAAUGGGGCCCUGAUACUAUUGAGGGCGACCUGAGCGAGGAGGAGCUGCUUGCUAAUCGACGGGACCAAGCUGAGGAUAAUGCCGCUCAUCUCUUCCGCGAUGAUCCGUAUUACGCUUCCAGGGAGUACAAUCUCGAGGAUAUCGAGGUACCUAUCCUAUCCGUCGGUAACUGGGGCAAUACCGCUGUCCAUCUGCGUGGCAACAUUCUUGGUUACCUAUUCGCCGGGUCGCGGUACAAGUUCCUCAGAUUAGGCGUAGGCCGUCACGAUUUGCCGUUUUAUGAAGACGAAGAGGUAAACAAGCAAAAGAGUUUCCUCAGUGCUUUCCUCAAAGGCGAUGAUUACGCAGGCUGGACAACGGGCCAACAACCACCAAUCGACUUGGUAGUUCGCAAGGGCAACGUUGGUUAUAACGACCCCGAGGCUGAGAAGGCUGGAUACACACGACGCACCGAGAACGAGUGGCCAUUAGCUCGGACCAGGUACACAAAUUACUACCUCCACAGAGACGGGACCAUGUCAACUGAGUCUGAAGCUACCCAAGUCGAACAGCCUGUUGGUCGCCUGUCGUAUGAGGCCCUCGGUACCCCUGAAGAUCCGCGGUUCGUCGAAUUCAGCACGUCCCCCUUCGCGAAGGAGACCGAGAUCACCGGACAUAUUGUUGCUCACCUCAACGUCUCGGCCACACCUCAUCUGGGCAAGUCGGCUCCACGAGAUAUUGACCUGUUCCUGACCCUGCGUCACUUGGAUGCUGAUAACAAGGAGAUCUUUUACACGGGUACCAUUGGAAACCCUGUUCCUCUCGUGAAAGGUUGGCAGCGUGUUAGUCUCCGCAAGAUCAACACGGCGCACCGUCGUCAUCGCGAAUGGCUCCCCCAUCGGGACUAUUUCUCGACCGACGUCCAGCCUGUCAUUCCUGGCGAGGUAUAUGGUGUCGACGUCGAGGUAUGGCCCACAAACGUGGUUGUUGAACCUGGUUCGCGCCUCGUCCUCGAGGUUGCCAGUGGUGAUACACCUGGUGUUGGCAUAUUUGUUCACGAUGGAGCCGAAAGGACUGAGGAGCGGUUUGGAGGAAUGAAUCACAUUCAUUUUGCACCACAUUACCAGAACUAUGUUACUUUACCUAUUGUUUAA